AUGAUUGCCCACCAGAGGGCGGUCUGCCAGGGCUGCCAACACGAGGUCACGCACGCAGACCGGUCGGCGCACUACCACCGCGAAUGCCCGGCCGUGAUUGUGUGCUGCGCGCAUCGGCACAAAGGCUGCAUGUGGACGGGGCGACGAGACGAGUUUGCGGAGCAUUUUCGCAACCACUGCGUACUGAAUCAAUGCAGUUGGUUAAAUAUAAACAUGGAUGACAGCGGGAACAAACAAGAAGAUCAAAUGAAUUUAGCAGCGAAAAUUUUCAUAUGAUGAACAUGAAGCAAGGGCAUUUUCUUUCUGACGAUCGGUAUAGCACCAGAUGCAGCUGAUUCAUUAAAAGUACAAACAAACAGAUUUACGCCGAACAUGCAGUGCGGCGGAAGACCGUGGAGAUUAUCCGUCGUGGCCCCAGUAUCUACCCUCCAACCAGCCAGAUGGCGGAGCUGCUGCGCAACGUGCUCUACCGGGGCCGCCUCGAGGGCGACCUGUGUCCCUGGUCGCACUAUGCAAGCGCCUGGUCCCCGCUUGAGCUCUUUCGGCAUGCCCGCGCGCUCAACAUCCGGCUGCAGCGGGAACAGGCUGAGCUGCUGGCGGACUGCGCAGUGAGCCGGCGAGCCAGCGAGAGUAUCGCGCUCCUCGAAAACCGGCAGUACCCCUGCGAGUUCCGAGUCGCGUAUCCGGCCUUCUCCGCGCCGGUCCGGAAUCUGCCGGAACCUUUCUUCCGGACUACCUGCGCCUUGGACCCGCGUCACCUGUCCGGGCAAAAUGCAAGAGUGCGGACCUUCCUGGCUUCGGUGCGGGGUCGUCGGGGGGCGGACGGCCACUGCGCUGCUGCGUGCGACCCGGCCGCGCUGCUGAUGACUACAACUGAG